UGGGAGGAGGGAUGCAAGACGGCGUGCAGGAGAGCUGGCUACAGAUAUCGGUUGGCUUGCUCACUCUCGAUGCAGAGAGCCGAUGGAGCAUCGGAAUCGCUUUGAGAGAAUCUCUGGGCUAAACGCGUCCAGCACGUAAACUUCUGUCCAAAAACAAGCAGACGGCGGACGGCGACCGACCCGCAGCUGCCGAAGAGAGCGAGAAAGAGAGGGGUGGAGGGAAGAGAAAAUACAAUAACACGCCUUUUUGGUGAUGCACGUAUCAUUGGACGUGUGCUCGCCCGGUCUGUCUGAGGGGAAAAGACGAAUCGUAUUGACCACUACGAGCGUUUGAGAGCAGGGAGAUGUCACCGCGAAGCAGAUGAUGGGGUGCACGCAACGACCAGUCCGUCGUACUGGUUUGUAAAGGAUGGACGGGAACGCUCGGAUUUGACGACCGUAUAUAUUUUGGGCGAAGAGCUGGCGUUGAGCACAUCUACAAUCUAUGGUCACUGGUGUGGGACUCACGGCGCCGUGGUCCAGGGGGCAGCCUUGCCCAGCACCACCACCACCACCAGAAGCCUUGAACUUGCAUCCCGGCUUGGUGGGAUGUGACGCCGAGAGUGAAUGGUGCGCAACCUCUGAGCCGCUGAGCUGUCCGUGGUCCUGAAAGAAGCUGCUCUGCACACACUCACACGCACAAAUCUCAUAAGUGGACUCAAGACCCUCGUCCAGAUGGACACUGAUUUGGCCUGACAACGCCUCAGCACCAUCCCCCUUCCUUACUCUCUUCCAUGGCUGUGGCACGCAAAAUCAAAACUUUGCUGACCGUGAACAUUUUGGUUUUUGUCGGCAUCAUUUUGUUCUCGGUCUACUGCAGAAUACAAGACCGCUCCGAGGAGCUCAUCCAGAUCGGUCGGAUCUCGGACCAGAGACUGCGAGCUAGAAAUGGCAAAGUUACAAACUUGGUGGACAGGCAAUCCAUUCUGCAGAGGCUGGAGCGCCUUGAAGAUGUGGUCUACAAUCAGUUGAACGGCCUGGCGAAGCCCAUGGGCCUGGUUGAGGGUCCGGGGGGCCUGGGACAGGGAGGGGCCGCUGCCACGCUGAGCGAGGGGGACAACCGCGACGGCGACGGCAAGUACGAGGAGUACGGAUACAACGCCCAACUCAGCGACCGCAUCUCGCUGGACCGGAGCAUCCCAGACUACAGGCCCAAAAAGUGCAAGCAGUUGACCUAUCCGGAGGACCUGCCUCAGAUCUCGGUGGUGUUCAUCUUUGUGAACGAGGCGCUGUCCGUCAUCCUGCGCUCCGUGCACAGCGUGGUCAACCACACGCCUGCACACCUCCUCAAGGAGAUCAUCCUGGUGGAUGACAACAGCGACAGCGUGGAGCUCAAGUUCAACCUUGACCAGUAUGUGAACAAGCGCUACCCGGGCCUGGUGAAGAUUGUCCGGAACAGCAAGAGAGAGGGUCUGAUCCGAGCCCGGAUCCACGGGUGGAACGCCGCCACUGGUGCCAUCGUCGGUUUCUUCGAUGCCCACGUCGAGUUCAAUACUGGCUGGGCCGAACCCAUCCUGACCAGGGUGAAGGAGGACCACAGCCGCAUCAUCCUUCCCGCCAUCGACAACAUCAAGUACAACACGUUUGAGGUGCAGCAGUACGCCAACGCCGCCCACGGCUACAACUGGGGCCUGUGGUGCAUGUACAUCAUCCCCCCCCAGGAUUGGCUGGAUAAGGGCGAUGAGACGGCCCCUAUCAGAACCCCAGCCAUGAUCGGGUGCUCCUUUGUGGUUGAUCGGGAGUACUUUGGCGAGAUCGGUCUGCUGGACCCUGGUAUGGAGGUGUACGGGGGAGAAAACAUUGAGCUGGGCAUGCGGGUGUGGCAGUGUGGCGGCAGCAUGGAGGUGCUGCCUUGCUCAAGAGUGGCCCACAUCGAACGCACCAAGAAGCCAUACAACAACGACAUCGAUUACUAUGCCAAGCGCAACGCCCUGCGCGCUGCCGAGGUCUGGAUGGAUGAGUACAAAUCCCAUGUGUACAUGGCCUGGAACAUUCCCAUGAACAACCCUGGGGUAGACUUCGGGGAUGUGUCUGAGCGGGUGGACCUGAGGAAGCGGCUGCAGUGUCGCAGCUUCCGUUGGUACCUGGAGCACGUCUACCCCGAGAUGCGCAUCUACAACAACACCAUCACCUAUGGCGAGGUGCGGAACAGCAAGGCCAGUGGGUACUGCCUGGACCAGGGCUCCGAGGACGACGACCGCGCCAUCCUCUACCCCUGCCAUGGCAUGUCCUCCCAGGUGAGGCCCUUCCUCUACACCUGAUGAUGGGUUACUCCC